AUGGCCAAAAUCAACUCCCUGUUGGACACUCUGAGGUCCGUAAGCCAAGUCGACUGUGAUACUCUCGACGUUGAAGUUGCCAAAGAGCUGGGUCCCUUUGUCGACCACACCUCCAACCAGGCUAUCGCCUACGGCGAGCUCACCAAGACCACUGCAGAUGGCAAGCUCUACCACGAGCAACUCAUCCGGAAGUCCGUAGAGGAUGCUCAGAGCUGGGCUCAUGCGGCCUGGCCAGACAUUGACCCGAUUCUCCUGGCUGUCGAAAUUAUGAUGGUCAGACUCUCACUUCAGUUUAUCCCGUAUCUGACGGGAUAUUUCCAUAUCCAGACCAACACAAACUGGUCUUAUUCAGUCGAGAAAACUUGCCAAAAUGCUCAGAGAAUCCUCGACACCUUCAAGAAGCUGGAGCCUAGUUUUGACACGAAGCGUGUCUGUUUAAAGAUCCCGUCCACUUAUGAGGGUAUUGCCGCCUGCAGAAUCCUCGAGAGCAAAGGAAUUGCCACACUGGCGACGACCAUGUUUUGCAUGGAGCAGGCGGCCCUGGCUGCAGAUGCCGGUUGCACAUACAUCGCGCCGUAUGUGAACGAGCUCAAGGUUCACUUCGUUCCUGGCUACUUGGACGAGAACAAGGCCUUCAACUUUUGCAGACAGGCGCAAGCAUACUAUAUCGAGACGAAGGCCAAGACCCAGGUGCUGGCAGCCAGUCUGACCACCGUGCCCGAGGUGAUGCAGUUGGCCGGCAUCCAGCACGUCACCGUCUCGCCGCCACUCCUCCGGGGCCUUGCUGCAGCAUCGUCCUCAACUUGGACGGAAAAGGUCGGUGGAUAUUUUGCGGCUGGGCCAGACGAGAGCUGGAUCAAGGAUUUUCAGGCUGCUUUGAAGGACGAGAGCGAGUGGAGGAUUGCCUUUACUCGGAGCGGCAAUGGCAGAUAUGAGGAGAAACUCAUCCAGGCCAUUAACAUCUUUUCGGAUAAGCAGCAGAGCCUGGAGGAGCUGGCAAGGAGCUUCUUGUAG